CGUUCAAAAUGUCCAAGAAAAGCAACGACUAUGGAGCGCUGCCUGAAUAUGAGAAGAGUCAAAUCAAAAGGACCCUGGAGCUGGGCACCGUCAUGACCAUUUUCAGCCUGAAGAAGAGUAGUCCAGAGAGAAGGACAAUCCAAGUCAUAAUGGAAACCAGGCAGGUGGCCUGGAGUAAGACGGCUGACAAGAUAGAAGGAUUCUUGGAUUUGAUGGAAAUAAAAGAAAUCCGACCAGGGAAAAAUUCAAAGGAUUUUGAACGGGGAAAAGCAUCUCGACAGAAAGAUGAUGUUUGUUUCACUGUAUUCUAUGGUACUCAGUUUGUUCUCAACACCUUAAGCUUAGCAGCCGAUUCAGAGGAUGAUGCUGACAAAUGGCUGUGUGGCUUGCAUAUCUUGCACGAAGAAGCUAUGAAUGCUUCCACCCUUGCCAUUACAGAAAGCUGGCUGAGGAAGCAGAUAUACUCUGUCGACCAGUCAAGAAGAAACAGCAUCAGCCUUAGGGAACUGAAGACUGUCCUUCCCUUAGUAAACUUCAAAGUGAGCAGUGUAAAGUUCUUGAAGGAUAAGUGUACAGAACUAAAGGCUGUGAAAGAAGAACUUAGCUUUGAGCAGUUUCAUCUGUUCUAUAAGAAGAUUAUGUUUGAGCAACAGAAAAUGAUUCUUGAUGAAUUCAAGAAGGAUUCCACGAUGUUCCUUCUAGGAAACACAGAUCGCCCUGAUGCUUCUGCAGUACAUUUGCAUGACUUCCAGAGAUUUUUGCUACAUGAGCAGCAGGAAACUUGGGCACGAGAUCUAAAUAAAGUAAGAGAACGGAUGUCUAAAUUUAUAGAUGACACUAUGAGAGAAACGGAUGAACCUUUUCUUUAUGUUGAUGAGUUUCUUACUUACCUUUUUUCAAAAGAAAACAGUAUCUGGGAUGAUAAGUAUGAUUCAAUAGAUCCUCAGGAUAUGAAUAACCCUUUGUCUCACUACUGGAUUUCUUCUUCACAUAAUACGUACCUCACGGGAGACCAGCUUCGUAGUGAAUCUUCACCAGAAGCUUAUAUCAGGUGCCUUCGAAUGGGAUGCCGGUGUAUUGAGUUGGACUGCUGGGACGGUCCUGACGGGAAGCCCAUAAUUUAUCAUGGAUGGACCCGGACCACGAAAAUUAAAUUUGAUGAUGUUGUGCAGGCAAUCAAGGAGCAUGCAUUUGUAACAUCUGAGUUCCCAGUGAUUUUGUCAAUCGAGGAGCAUUGCAGCGUAGAGCAGCAGCGCUACAUGUCCAAAGUGUUCAAGGAGGUGUUCGGGGACCAGCUUCUCACCAAGCCCAUCGAAGCUAGCGCUGAUCAGCUACCAUCCCCGACUCAAUUGAAAGAAAAGUUCAUCAUCAAGCAUAAAAAAUUGGGGCCCAAAGGUGACGUAGAUGUGAACACAGAAGACAAGAAAGAGGAAAAAAAGCAACAAGGAGAACUCUACAUGUGGGACGCCAUAGAUCAGAAAUGGACCCGUCAUUAUUGUGCCAUAGCGAAUGAAAUACUUUCAUUCAGUGAUGAUUUAGAGCAGAAUGCUGAAGAAGAACCAUUAAAGGAGGUGAAGCGUACAGAUCUCCACUGCCAUGAGAAAUGGUUUCAUGGGAAAAUGAAGGAAGGAAGAACUGCUGCUGAGAAGCUGUUGCAGGAGUAUUGUGCUGAAAUGGGUGGCAAGGAUGGAACUUUCUUGGUUCGGGAGAGCGAAACUUUCCCUAAUGAGUACACUCUGUCAUUCUGGAGAUCGGGUAGAGUCCAACACUGCCGCAUCCGAUCCUCAACCAACGGAGAUGCUGUCAACUAUUUUCUGACUGACAACCUCACCUUUGAUAGCAUCUAUGAUCUCGUCCAGCAUUACCGGGAAGCACAUUUGCGAUGCGCCGAGUUCGAGCUGCGUCUGACCGAUGCCGUUCCUAUUCCCAUACCUCAUGAAUCAAAGCCGUGGUACUACAGUAACCUGAGCCGAGGGGAAGCCGAAGAUAUGCUGAUGCGAAUUCCUCGGGAUGGAGCCUUUCUGAUAAGGAAGAGAGAUGAAUCCAAUUCAUACGCCAUGACUUUCAGAGCCGAGGGGAAAAUCAAGCACUGCCGAAUCAUGCAGGAAGGCCGCCUCUUUGUCCUGGGCACAUCUGCGUACUUUGAAAGUUUGGUGGAAUUGGUGAACUACUAUGAAAAGCACCCGUUGUACAGGAAAAUGAAAUUGCGAUACCCUGUGACGGAGGAGUUGUUGGACCGCUACAGCGUAGAGAAAGAUCCCAGUUCGUUAUAUGACGUCAAGUAUGUGGAGCCCACUGAAAUAACACCUUCCGUGCCCCAGAGAACCGUGAAAGCCCUGUAUGAUUACCAAGCUAAGAGACCUGAUGAGCUGACAUUUUGCAGAGGGGCCUUGAUUCAUAACGUCUCGAAAGAAAGCGGAGGCUGGUGGAAGGGAGAUUAUGGAGACAAAGUCCAACACUACUUUCCAGCCAAUUAUGUUGAGGAAAUGUCAUCUGAGAACGUUGACGAACACGAAAACCAGAUAAUUGAGGACAAUCCUUUAGGGUCUUUGUGCCGGGGCAUUCUGUAUCUCACUAGAUACAAUGUUGCAAAAAUGCCACAAGGAAAAUACGGCAAGACUUACGUCUUCGUCCUAGAACCCAAGAAUCCUGAGGAUCCUCCUAUCGAGUUUGCCAUGGACAAAGUGGAAGAGCUGUUUGAAUGGUAUCAGAGCAUUAGAGAAAUCACAUGGAGGCCAGUGGAAGAGGAAAAUGAGAAAAAAUACUGGGAAAAGAACCAGUUGAUUGCCAUAGAAUUAUCUGAUUUGGUAAUCUACUGCAAACCAACAAGCAAAACUAAGGACAAUUUAGAAAAUCCUGAUUUCAGAGAAAUCCGUUCCUUUGUGGAGACUAAGGCAGAAAACAUGAUCAGGCAGAAGCCUGUGGAUUUACUAAAGUACAACCAGAAGGGCCUGACGCGGACAUACCCGAAAGGGCAGAGAGUGGACUCCUCCAAUUACGAUCCUUUUCGUUUCUGGUUUUGUGGCUCGCAGAUGGUGGCUCUUAACUUCCAGACACCAGAUAAAUAUAUGCAAAUGAAUCACGCCUUGUUUUUGCUUAAUGGUCGGACCGGUUUUGUGCUCCAGCCAGAAUGCAUGAGGACUGAGGGUUAUGACCCAAUGCCCAAUGAAUCCAAGAAGAAACUACAGAUGAUUUUGACUGUGAGGGUCAUUGGUGCUCGCCAUCUUCCUAAGCCCGGUAGGAGUAUUGCCUGCCCUUUUGUAGAAGUGGAGAUUUGUGGGGUUGAGUAUGACAACAAUAAAUUCAAGACGACUGUUGUAAAUGACAACGGCCUGAACCCAGUUUGGGCGUCUCAGGAACAGGUGAAGUUUGAGAUUUAUGACCCCAGCUUAGCCUUUCUGCGCUUCGUGGUGUUUGAGGAGGACAUGUUCAGCGACCCCAAUUUCUUAGCCCACGCCACUUUCCCUCUCAAAGGAAUAAAAUCAGGCUUUCGGUCAGUCCCUCUUAAAAAUGGAUACAGCGAGAAUAUAGAGCUGGCUUCGCUCCUGGUGUAUUGCGAGGUGCAGCAACUGCAGGAAGGUGAAGAAGCAAUCUAUUCGUCAUUCCGGCAGUUGCGGCAACGCCAAGCCGAACUGAACAAUCAGUUGUACGCCACACGUCGGAAUCUAAGAAAUUCUAACCGAGACGCUUUGCUGCAAGAGUUCAAUGUGAAUGAGGGUCAGCUGCAAUUGUAUCAAGAGACAUGCAACAGGAAAUUGCGGGAGAAAAGGGUCAGUAACAGCAAAUUCUACUCCUAGAGAACCAGUUUCCGUUGGAGCUUUAUUUGUAUAAAGCCACCUGG